UGAAAAACCACUAGUUACCAAAAUUCACUUAUUUGUUUAUUAUGCGUCAAAUUGUCCGUAGUGUAAUGUCAUAAGGUCCGAGUAUAUUCAUCAAAAUUCAAGUAAAUCGCAUCUAAAUUCGUCGUAUCGUCUCAAAAAUUCCAUUUCAACAUGGUUUUUGUGUGUCCUGAGAAACAACAGCAGAGGAAAUCUCUGUUGAGUAACCUCAAGGAUCUCGUCAAUCAGAUUGGUGACUGCUGCCCACCAUCAUGCUGUAUGCCGCCGUCAAGCCUGUGUCCGCCCCCGGCAUGUCCGCCCAAUCCAGGCGCUUGUUGCCCCCCGUGUUAUUCUCCCUGCUGCCCUCCUUGCAUACCGCAAUGCACACCUGGCACGUGCCCACCGAAAAGCGCGACUGUACCGGUGAUGAGCCAGAAGCAGGAGCAGCCGAUAUGCGUGCCUCCCAUUCUCCCCAUUUGUACCCCAGUACCCCCGCCGUGCGUGCCGAUUUGCAAUCCAAACCCCGAGGAGCAACCGUGCGUACCUUGCAACCCUCCUGCGAUGAUGGUUUGUUACCGGAGGCCGAAAAACGCCAACCACGGCAGGUCCAAGAGCAGGGAGCUAAGAGCUAGCGUCCUACAUGUUGGGUGCGAUUGCGAGAAGCACAACGGUCUGCAAGACGACUGCCUACGUUCCGAGUGCCACGGCUCCCCGGAAUGCCUUAGCAACCCGCCGGUGUGCGGCCCCAGCGAAUUCGCAGGUUGCAAACACCUCGGCAACAGACUGGGCUACGGCUCCAAGGAUCUCGAGUCGUACCAGUGCUACCCGGCAUACAUCAAGCUACCUACCGUGCGCGCCCUGCGGAACCAAUGGAAACGGUGGAAACUCUAACGGCGGUGGAGGUCAGUGUUAUGUGGUCUGUUGUUAAGGAGGCUACUCGCCGACAUGCUGUCCACCCCCUGGCUGCGGUCCUUGCCCCCCGUGCGGACCCUGUGGGCCUUGUAUGCCCCCCUGUUGCCCGCCGCCCUGCGUGCCCCUGAUCGCUCAGGCCCCUUGCCCGCCGCCUAUUAUCCCGGGACCCCCGCCGUGCGUUCCGAUUGGUAGAGUGGUGCCGGUGGCUCCCGCCGUUCCAUGCCCCAUCAUUGGACCCCCUCCAUUGGCGUGCGCACCCCCCACUGGAGGGAUCCAAUGUUGUCCACCGCAAUGUUGUCCCUGUCCCUGUUAGAAUGAAAGUCAAGUAUCUCUUUGUCUAUGUGUGUGUCAAGUGGUUUGUAUGUUUAUGCUGGUGGCUGCCGUUGAAAACGGCUGCGUAUUAUUCAACAAUUUAAAGUGUAACGAAUAAAAGUUGAUUUGAUUAUGACCUGUUUUAUUUAUUGAAAUAUAAAAGUUUAAUAGUAAUAU